AUGGCAACUCAUAAACGAAGUUACGAUGCAGAGAAAAACUCACUGGCGGCAUCACUGAGCCGCCUGACGCUCCUGCGUUCGCUGAAACGCGUCCUCGAGGUUGGCGAUUUAUUACCGGUGUUCCCUCAGUUUUUAUCGCCGCUGUUCCCGCUGAAGUUACCGAGUCGGGCCAGCAGCCCCGCGCGCGCGCAGCCCGCCCUCAGGGCGGCGGGGAGCGGCGCGCUCCGCCCGCCAGGGGGCCUCCCGCGGCGGCCCCGCGCAUGCGCGCAGCACAAGGGCGGGUCGCCCCCCUCGGUGAGCGGGUCGGUUGCCGCGCUGGCGGCGGAAGAGGCGGUGGAGCAGGCGGGCGGCCCCGGGCGCGCCCGGGUGGGGCUGUGCGUGCUGUGCGGGCUACCGGCGGCCGGCAAGUCCACCCUGGCCCGCGCCUUGCACCGCCGCUUGCCGCAGCGCGCGGGCUGGGCCUGCGCCCUGCUCUGCUACGACGAGCUCAUCCCGCCGGAGGAGGCGGGGGCGGAGCCGCCGGGGUCGCCGUCCCCAUUGCUGCCCCGCUGGAAGGGGAGCCGCCGCGAUGUGCUGCAGUCCCUGGAGCGGCUCCUGCGGGCGCUGCUCGGCGAGGGGCCGCUGCCGGCCGCCCCCCCGCCGGCCUGGGGCCGCCUCCUGCGCUGCUGCCGGCGGCAGGGGCUGCUCCCCCCGGCGGGGGGCCGCGCUGGAGCUGGCCGGGACCGGACACCCGCGGCAACGCCUGGGCCGCUCUACCUCGUCUUGGAUGACAAUUUUUAUUACCGGAGCAUGAGAUACGAGGUGUACCAGCUGGCGCGCAAAUAUUCCCUGAGCUUCUGCCAGUUAUUUUUAGAGUGUCCACUUGAAUGCUGCUUGCAGAGAAACCGUCUAAGAAGUCACCCGUUACCUGACCAGACAAUAUAUUUAAUGGCAAGAAAAAUAGAAAUGCCAGAUCUCAAAAAAAAUGCUUGGGAACAGAACAGCCUCAUUCUGAACAGUUCUGAUUGCACUUUGGAGGAUAAUGAGCAGAUAAUUAGUUUGCUGGCCACUGCUUUGGAAAAUCCAGUGAAGCAAAUCGAGGAAAACACUGAGCAAAAGGAAGCGGAUCGAGCGAUCUGUGCAGCUAGCACUCUCCAUCAGGCUGACCAGACAUGCAGACGCAUCAUCUCUCAGGCAAUGAAGGAUGCAAAAGAUAAAAACAUACCCCCAAGUGAGCUGAAGAGCCUGGCAGAAGAACUCAACAAACUCAAAACAGAAUUUUUGGAAGAUUUGCGGCAAGGAAAUAAUUUGAAAAAACAAAUUUGCGUACAAAAUUCUGACCCUGCUACAAGUGUAGUUUCUUCAUUCCAACAUGAGGCAACCAGUGUAGUUAAUAAAUACAUUUUAAAAUAAUGACA